AAUGAUCAAACAAAGUGUGGUUAAACAACGUUGUUAACUGAUAAAUAAGAAAAAUGAAGGUAGAGGAGGUGAAAAGUACUGUAAAAACCCAAAGAAUAAGUGCUCACAGUCAUAUUAAAGGUUUAGGUUUAGAUGAGGCAGGUUUUGCCAUUCCAUCAGCUGCCGGCUUGGUUGGACAAGAACAGGCAAGGGAGGCAGCCGGCAUAGUAGUGGACAUGAUAAAAAGUAAAAAAAUGGCUGGAAGGGCUGUGCUUCUAGCUGGUCCACCAGGUACUGGAAAAACAGCAAUUGCACUUGCAAUAGCCCAAGAGUUGGGAAAUAAAGUACCUUUUUGCCCAAUGGUAGGAUCUGAAGUGUACAGUUCUGAAAUAAAGAAGACUGAAGUUCUUAUGGAGAACUUUCGAAGAGCAAUUGGUUUGAGAAUUAGGGAAACCAAAGAAGUUUACGAGGGGGAAGUCAGUGAAUUGACACCAGUAGAAACAGAGAACCCUGCUGGAGGUUACGGAAAAACUGUAAGUCAUGUUAUCAUUGGUCUAAGAACUGCAAAGGGUAGUAAACAGCUCAAACUAGAUCCCAGUAUAUAUGAAGCUCUCCAAAAAGAGAAAGUUGAAGUUGGAGACGUCAUUUACAUUGAAGCCACAAGUGGUGCAGUUAAAAGACAAGGAAGAUCUGAUGCCUAUGCCACCGAAUUUGAUUUAGAAGCUGAAGAAUAUGUACCAUUACCAAAAGGAGAUGUACACAAAAAGAAGGAAGUUAUUCAGGACGUUACAUUACAUGAUCUAGAUGCCGCUAAUGCUAAACCUCAAGGUGGACAAGACGUUUUGUCAAUGAUGGGCCAACUUCUAAAACCAAAGAAAACAGAAAUCACAGAUAAACUUAGAAAGGAAAUCAAUAAAAUAGUAGAUAAAUAUAUUGAUCAAGGUAUUGCAGAAUUAGUUCCUGGUGUACUAUUUAUCGAUGAAGUACACAUGUUGGAUAUAGAAACGUUCACUUAUCUACACAGAGCUUUAGAAAGUGCCAUAGCUCCAAUUGUUAUUUUUGCAACGAAUAGAGGUCGUUGUCUGAUUAGAGGAACGGACGAUGUUUUUUCUCCACAUGGUAUUCCUUUAGAUCUGUUAGAUAGGCUGUUGAUUAUUCGGACAAUUCCUUACGGUAGAAGUGACAUGGAACAAAUAUUAAAGCUAAGGGCUACUACAGAAGGCUUAGAAAUUGAUCAUGAAGCAAUCACAUCGUUAGGUGAAAUUGGGGCAAAAGCAACUUUAAGAUAUGCAGUUCAGUUAUUAACGCCAGCACAUCUAACGGCAAAAAUUAACGGAAGAAACAAUAUACUUCAAAGUGACAUUGAAGAAGUUGGUUCCUUAUUCUUAGAUGCUAAAGCUUCAGCGAAAGUUUUAUCUGAAAAUAAAGAGAAGUUUAUGACUUAAUUGAUAAUAGCAAUAUUUUGUAACUAUCAAUUAUGUUUUUUCGAUUUUUUUUUACAUGCGUUAAUAUUUCAAGAAACUGUUAAUAAAGAUUUAACAAGAC